AUCAAUUUACCAUAUAUUCUCUUCUCUUCUCUCAUUUCAUCAGCCAUGGCAUCAUCAGCAAGAAGAUCUUUGAUGACAGCAUUGCUUGUUGCUGUGAUCACCAUGUCAAGCAUGAGCAUGAGCCUAGCAGCUCGCAAUCUUUUGCAAACAAGUGUUCCAAAUUUGCCUGGAAAUAUUCCCAAUCUGCCAAAACCAACAGCAUUGCCACCAUUGCCUACAAUUCCAACAUUGCCUUCAAUUCAGGGCAAUAAUGUUCCACCAUUGCCAACUAUUCCAACUCUUCCACAACCAUCAACUACCCUGCCUCCACUUCCAAGCAUAAGCAUCCCUAAGAUCCCAACCGUCCCACAGACGAACCUUCCCCCGUUGCCGGCCACUUCACUUCCAAACUUUCCCUCAAUCCCAACAACUAUGCCCUCCAUUCCUUUCUUCUCCCCUCCACCUUCACCCUCUGGCAAUUAAAUGCUUUCUCUUGGUGGUUUAUUAUGCAUGCAAUGGAUAUUAAGCUAGCUUGAUUUCAUAUACGUACGUUUGUGUGUGUGAGAGAGUUUUAUGUUUGAUGUUAUCAUUAUUUCUUCUUUAUAGUUUGGUGUGAGAACAUUGUACUAUUUAUUUUCCAGUUCAUGAAUUUAUUGGUAUUGCUUGUACUUUUUUCA